AUGACCCGCUUGGAUGGUGCCCAGGUCGCUUAUGCGGGAUUUUUAACAGAGGUCGGGCGGGGCGGUCGAGACAACGAGAUCGACUUUCCGUCCGCGCUGGACCGCGCCAUUAAGGGCCUCGCCACCCGGGGUCAGUUCUUUGAGUGUGGGCCAUACAUCUGGCCAAGGGGCUUCCUAAAAGCCUGCCGGGACUGCCAUGCCUUCAUCGACAAGUAUGUGACAAGACAGCGAGCCGGCGCGCAAGCUGCAAACUAG